GUCGAAUACGAAUGCACGUUUCUGUCAACGCAACUCUAAUGAACCAAAAGCAACACUUCAUUACCUAGGCUUGAAUGCUCUUCUGCCGUACGGUUCAUCAAUAUUAACCGCACUCUUCGCCAUCCUGCAGCGCUUCCAAUGAAUGUUCGUUAAGGGCUGUCUGGCUGCAAAGAAUAAGGGUCCGAACGCUGGCUUGACUGAACGAUCCCCGUGUCGGGCGUUAGACAAAGAAAGCGUCUCCGCAAAGGGCUUCUCUCUCUCUCUCUCCCCUGGCAGCGCAGUCCAAUUCACAUCCACCUGCGCAUUGCCAUUGCGCCGGCGCAACAUCCGCUCGACACGCCAUUGGAAAGGCAAGAGACAGCUGUCGCGAGUGACAGCACUUUAGCGGCGCAUCGGCGCAUCUUCCACCAACAGCAGGGCAGACGAGAUGGCCGGCUCACAAAGAUACAUCCGCUACAUCCUCCUCGCCUUCAUCGUCGCCGCCACCGUCUUCUUCUUCACCUCCUCCACCGCCCGAUACCAAACCGCCGAUCAACUACAAAAGACCGCCGAACUCCUGAAAGGCCAGGGCAGCAUCUAUGGCGGCUCACAAUCACAGGCCCAACACAGCCUCUCCGUAGACGCCGCCAAGGCAGACGCAACCACCACCGCCGCAUCCUCCGAGCAAACCUCCUCCUCAUCAGAUACCUCCCCCAACCCCGACUACGGCUCCAAGACCCACCUCGCCGGCGAAACAGCCCCCGGCGAGCGCAUGAACGCCACCUUCGUCACCCUCGCCCGCAACAGCGACGUCUGGGAAAUCGCGCGCUCCAUCCGCCAAGUCGAGGACCGCUUCAACCGCAAAUACCACUACGACUGGGUCUUCCUCAACGACGCCGAGUUCGACGAGACGUUCAUCUCCGUCACCACCGCUCUAGUCUCAGGAAACACGCGCUAUGGCAAGAUCGACAGCUAUCACUGGGGCUUUCCUGACUUCAUCGAUCAAGAAAAGGCCGCGGCGGUGCGGGAGGAUAUGCACGAGCGCAAGAUCAUCUACGGUGAUAGUGUCAGUUACCGCCAUAUGUGUAGGUACGAAUCCGGCUUCUUCUUCCGCCACCCGCUCAUGAUGAACUACGAAUGGUACUGGCGGGUCGAGCCGAGCAUCGAGCUCUUCUGCGACAUCAACUACGACCCCUUCGAGUUCAUGGUGAAGAACAAGAAGAAGUACUCUUUCGUCUUGUCUCUGUACGAGUACGUGGAUACCAUCCCCACUCUAUGGGACAGCACGAAGAAGUGGAUCAAGAACAACGCGCAGCACAUCGCCGACAACAACGGCAUGGAAUGGAUCUCGGACGACGGCGGGGAGACAUAUAACAACUGCCACUUCUGGUCGAACUUCGAGAUCGGCUCGCUCAAGUGGCUCAGGUCAGAACAGUACAUCAGUUACUUCGAGCAUUUGGAUAAAGAAGGCGGAUUCUUCUACGAACGAUGGGGUGAUGCGCCGGUGCAUUCGAUUGCCGCCGCGUUAAUGCUGAGGAAGGAGGAGAUUCACUUCUUCAACGAUAUUGGCUAUUAUCAUGUCCCUUUUAUGCAUUGUCCGACGGGCGCCGAGUACCGGAUGGAGCAUAAAUGCCAUUGCAAUCCGAGCGAUAACUUUGAUUGGAAUGGGUAUAGCUGCACGAAACGCUUUUACGAAAUGCAGAAAAUGACCCUCCCCGAGGGUUACGAAAAGGAGCAGUGACUCGCGCGUCGCUAUCAUUUACUCAUUGUCUGGUCGCGCCGCGACGUCACCUUUGUUUUUGUUUGUUUCGGGUUCGCGGUUGCGGGCGUGCUGGUAGUGUGGAUGUAUCCGGUUGUUGAGUUUGGGGCGGAGCUUGUACGACGAUUGAGACGGCGCAGAGGGGGCAGGUUCGCGGAGGAGGGAGGGACGCGGAUGUGGUGGAGGAAGGAGGCAGGAAAGAAGAAGGGGAAGCUAAGGUAUUAAGAGUGUGUGGGUUGGCGAUGAAAAGGAACUGGGUAUGGACAUAGAGCGGAGUUCGGGGCGUCGUAGAGUCGGGAGACAGACGGACUGUCGUACGCUGUCUGUUGGAUAUAGUGGGUUGUGUAGACAUACAGCAGCGCCGUCGAAUGCUGUUCACCUCCUCUGACUGG